AGCCGAGCCGGGCCGGCCGGGCGGGCGGGGAGGAGGAGGAGCCGGGCGGGCUGGCGGGCGGCCGGGUGGCGGCGGCGGCAUGGCGGAGCCGAGCGGGGCCGAGACGAGGCCCCCCAUUCGGGUCACCGUCAAGACCCCCAAGGACAAGGAGGAAAUUGUGAUCUGCGAUCGAGCCUCGGUCAAGGAGUUCAAAGAGGAAAUCUCCCGGAGGUUUAAGGCUCAGCAGGAUCAGCUGGUCCUGAUCUUCGCAGGCAAGAUCCUCAAGGAUGGGGACACACUGAACCAGCACGGAAUCAAGGACGGGCUCACUGUCCAUCUGGUCAUCAAGACCCCUCAGAAGGCUCAAGAUCCAGCUGCUGCCACUGCCUCUUCCCCCUCCACACCUGACCCUGCCUCAGCACCCUCCACCACACCUGCUUCACCCGCCACCCCUGCCCAGCCCUCCACCUCUGGCAGUGCCUCUUCGGAUGCUGGCAGUGGAAGCCGGAGGAGCAGUGGUGGGGGGCCCUCUCCAGGGGCUGGGGAGGGAUCCCCCAGUGCUACUGCGUCCAUACUCUCUGGCUUUGGGGGCAUCCUGGGGCUGGGCAGCCUGGGCCUGGGCUCUGCCAACUUCAUGGAGCUGCAGCAGCAGAUGCAGAGGCAGCUGAUGUCCAAUCCUGAGAUGUUGUCGCAGAUCAUGGAGAACCCCCUGGUCCAGGAUAUGAUGUCUAACCCUGACCUGAUGCGUCACAUGAUUAUGGCCAACCCCCAGAUGCAGCAGCUGAUGGAGCGGAACCCCGAGAUCAGCCACAUGCUCAACAACCCUGAACUCAUGAGGCAGACAAUGGAGCUUGCUCGGAAUCCAGCCAUGAUGCAAGAGAUGAUGCGGAACCAGGACCGGGCCCUGAGCAACCUUGAGAGCAUCCCUGGAGGGUAUAAUGCCCUCCGCCGCAUGUACACGGACAUCCAGGAGCCCAUGUUCAGUGCUGCCCGGGAACAGUUUGGCAACAAUCCCUUCUCUUCCCUGGCCGGGAACUCCGACAGCUCAUCCUCCCAGCCUCUGCGGACUGAGAAUCGAGAGCCCCUCCCUAACCCCUGGAGCCCCUCGCCCCCCACCUCCCAGGCCCCCGGGUCCGGUGGGGAGGGCACCGGAGGAUCGGGGACCAGCCAGGUGCACCCGACAGUCUCGAACCCCUUUGGGAUCAAUGCGGCUAGCCUGGGGUCAGGGAUGUUCAAUAGCCCAGAAAUGCAAGCCCUCCUCCAGCAGAUCUCUGAGAACCCCCAGCUGAUGCAGAAUGUGAUCUCAGCGCCCUACAUGCGCAGCAUGAUGCAGACGCUUGCCCAGAACCCCGACUUUGCUGCUCAGAUGAUGGUGAAUGUGCCACUCUUCGCGGGGAACCCCCAAUUGCAGGAGCAGCUCCGCCUGCAGCUCCCAGUCUUCCUGCAGCAGAUGCAGAACCCAGAGUCACUCUCCAUCCUUACCAAUCCCCGAGCCAUGCAGGCAUUGCUGCAAAUCCAGCAGGGACUACAGACCUUGCAGACCGAGGCCCCUGGGCUGGUACCCAGCCUUGGCUCCUUUGGGAUGUCCCGGACCCCAGCACCCUCAGCAGGCAGCAACGCAGGGUCUACGCCCGAGGCCCCCACUUCCUCACCAGCCACGCCAGCCACAUCUCCAACAGGGGCUUCCAGCACCCAGCAGCAGCUCAUGCAGCAGAUGAUCCAGCUUUUGGCUGGAAGUGGAAACUCACAGAGCUUUCCUUGGAGCCCCGUGGAGAUCUGGACCAUCACCCAUUAGUGAAGCUCACAGCUGAGUCAGUCUCACCCGGGCUCCUCCUUGCUCCAGAGUCGGAUGCCUUGUUUUCCUCCACUGACUUCUGCUUCCUGUGGCAGCAGCUACAUAAGUAUUGGCAAAACAUGGACAGACUCCAGCCAGACAACUUGGUUUCAUUGGUGGAUAAGCUCAAGCUACUUUCCAAGAUGCUCAGGUGCUCCUUGUGCCUCACUUGGCGGAUUCUUGAGUACGGGCAUUGCCUCUGUCCUGUCCUAGGUGAUUGCAAAAAGGUAGGGGGCCCCUCUGCCGGGUCCUCCUCCUCUUCCUCAUCCUCCUUGUCCUCCUUGUCCUCCUUGUCUUCCUCUUUCACUUCAUUUUUCCUCAUCUGGAGAAUGCAAACCUUGUUCUGCUUCCGCCUCUUCGUCUGAACAAGGCUGGGAUCUUUUUCCUUGGGGGAAUCCAAGAGCAAGGAAUGAAGCAUGCUCUCCACCGACCCAUCCUGUUACAUAUGAGACUUUGCCUCUGUCGUUGAGGGGGGAGGCGAAGUGCCGCAGAGAAGCGUGGAGAUCAGAGAGCAAACCUAAACCAAGCGCCCAUCUGUCUGUGAGAACUGAGCAGACAGCAGAGGUUAAAAAACACUGUACUGGCCCGGAAGACACGUUCACUUAAAAUAGUAAAGACAAGCUACAAAGCAGUAUCUGCAAAGGAUACACAGGCAUAUCCUGAAUGCAUUAAAUGUUCAUUCUUUUUUUUUUUUUUCUGAGACGGAGUUUCACUCUUGUUGCCUGGGCUGGAGUGCGGUGGUGUGAUCUCUGCUUACUGCAACCUCCACCUCCUGGGUUCAAGUGAUUCUCCUGCCUCGCCCUCCCAAGUAGCUGGGAUUACAGGCGUGAGCCACCGCGCGCGGCCAAAUGCUCAUUCAUUCUUUUCAAAGGGUUGUAAUGCAAAUAUUUAGGUUAAAUAAAGACUCAUUUUGGCUGGGUGCGGUGGCUCACGCCUGUAAUCCCAGCACUUUGGGAGGCCAAGGCAGGGGGAUCACGAGGUCAGGAGUUCAAGACCAGCCUGCCCAAUAUGGUGAAACCCCCAUCUCUACUAAAAAUACAAAAACUAACCAGGCGUGGUGGCAAGUGCCUGUAAUCCCAGCUAUUCAGGAGAUUGAGGCAGGAGAGUCGCUGGGCAGCAGAGCAAGACUCCAUCUCAAAAAAAAAAAGACUCAUUUUGGAAGGCAAAUAAUCACCCAUUAAUUUAUCUGCACUAGAAAUCCUGCUUGUUCAUAUUUGAAGGUGAUGGAUACGUUUAUUAUCUUCAUUGUGGUGAUGAUUUCAUGAGUAUAUAUAUAUGUCAAAACUUAUCAAAUUGUACACUUUAAAUAUGUACAGUUUAUUGUGUGUCAGAGCUCAAUAGCAAAAAACAGCUAGCAUUUAAACCCUCCCCCAAAUAGACAAUUAAGAAGUUCCUCCAUCCUGGCUAACACUGCAAAACCCCGUCUCUACUAAAAAUACAAAACAAAAAAAAUUAACCAGGCAUGGUGGCAUGCACUGGUAGUCCCAGCUACUUGGGAGGCUGAGGCAGGAGAAUUGCUUGAACCUGGGAGGCAGAGGUUGCAGUGAGCUGAGAUCACGCCACUGCAUUCCAACCUGGGUGACAGAGCGAGACUCCAUCUCAAAAAAAAAAAAAGAAAAAAAAGAAGUUCCUAUACCAAGUGCAUUUAAGAGCAUAUAAAUAUUGAAAGGAUAUUAUGAAGGACUGAUAAGAAUCGAGUGGCUAACUGGGAGGUGGUUCUUUUGUGUGUGAACUCUUGAGCCAAACUGAGCUCAAACUCUAGCAUCUUUGCUUCCUACUUAUGCGGUCUUGGGAGAGUUAUUCAACCUGCCUGUGCCUGAGUUUGUUCAUCUGAAAAAUGGGGAUAAUAGUAGUACCUGCCUUAUAGGAUUGUUAUGAUAUUUAAAUGAGAUGUAAAUUCUUACAAAAUAGCAUGUGGUAAGUACUCAAUAAAUGUUAGCUAUGAUUACUA